AGUAGGAAAUGAGGACCGAGGCAUGGAAGCGCGUACUCGGUGCCGCGACGACGGCGAGGAGUCCCCGGCCGCCGCCGCGCCGCCGCGCCGCCCUCACCCGACACCCGCAGUUCACUCGCCGCGCCGGCUCAGCGCGCUACACGCUAACCGCAACAUGGUAAUGGACAACCGAAUGAAUGAAGAAAAUAAAAAUGAAAACAACUCUUCCAUAUUUAUAAUUAACUUUCAAUAUGGGGAUGUUGUAAACUAUUCUUUGGUUUUAGUUAAAGGAAUUAUAACCAGAGGAAAUUCAAACAAUAAUGAUAACAUAUUAUGCACUGUUACAAAUGGUGGAGUUCAAAGUAAGUCAGAAUGUAUAAUAUACAACGGAGAAUUCAAAGCCUUAAUUGAAUUGAAGAAAGGCGAGAAUGUAAUUGAUUUUGAAUAUACCGGACAGCAACGUAAAACGUUACUACUCGAUUAUACACCAAGAAGAACAAAUUUAAGAGUAACACCAGUUUACAUAAUUUGCCAAGGGCACGAUGGUUAUUUCCAAAGCCCACCUAAUGUCGACAAUUCUGUAGAAAGUGCCUGUUUACGCGUAGCAAUUGGUGCUAAGCUGAUUCAAAGUCUAACUGCAGAAAAACUGUUUGAAAGUGGAUUCGGAAGAAAAACAUUCCAGCUCGAGCACGAAGUGAACUCAAAAAGUCCAGAAUGCAUUGUGUUCCGAAGCAACCUAAACGUAAACAAAGCGAGAAAAAUGAAGCAAGCCGAUUUAUGGGCUCAUUUUGGCAGAGAGCUUAUGUUAUCUGAUUUAGGCAGUAAUGAGAGAAAAUUUCUAGCAUUUAUAUCAUGCACGAGGUUCAAGGGUACUGACUUAGAUAAACCAAUGACUCACGAUGAGAUCGUUUCACUGACGGAAGCCUACGCAGCACUUGGUGGUGGAGGUUUAGCUUUGUUCGGAACCGCUUGCUUGUACACUUGGCCGACGACUGUGGAUGAAAUCAUUUCAAAGUUCCAAGAUACCUCUCCUGUAAACACACGUCGUUUUAUGGACGACAGCGGAUAUCGUGGUACACUUGGAGGCUGUUUUGCUACGACCCUGGGCUCGGUGUUUCAUGAACUAGGACAUACUUUUGAUCUCGGUCAUACAAAAGAUGGUAUCAUGGGCAGAGGGUUUGACCACCUUGACCGAGUUUUUACGGUAGGCGAGAAAAAAUCUGUUUUAUCAAAAGACAAUAUGAACAACUUUGGAAAACCUGUUCAACAUUCGACAGUUUCCCUUCAGCGUAAUAUAAGUGUUACAAUGAACGUGGCUGAGCCGCUCCGAGUAUUAGGACCAAGAAGCAAAACAACGCUAGGAAAUUUUGCGGCAAUGUCAAAAUCAGAUAUUAUCCGGAGAAGUCCCAAUGUCACACCUAUAACUAGGCCAUCUAGUGUGUACUCCAAUAUAUCAAACAGGAUGUCCGACUCCAGAAAAAAUGUGAAUCGGACAAAUGGAAAUGAUUCUAUUUUUUGGACAAGAAAUUGCGCUGUGCUUUUAUCAUACCACAGAUGGUUUAAUAACGAGUACGGUAGAGAAAGGCAGGCAAUAACUAGAUAUCUUAAAUUUGACAAAAAUAAAAUGAUGAUAAUAUCUACGGCAGGAAUAAGAAUAGUAGAAGUGAGAGAUGAAUCAAAUGGAAUGGUGUUAGAUUCAUAUGAAUUCACAGAUCUUUUACCUGAAAAAAGAUUUUUGGUACCUUUUACCUUUUCACCUAAAAGUAAAGUUUUGACGAUAGUGGUUGAAGAUGAUUUGGGAAACGUGCUAAAACAAACACUUUCUUCUUAUUAAGCU